AUGUCCACCACCAACAUGAACAGAGGCAAGAUCGUCUUCUACGAGGACAGGAACUUCCAGGGUCGUUCCUAUGAGUGCAGCAGUGACUGCAGUGACAUGGGCUCCUACCUGAGCAGGUGCCACUCCUGCAGGGUUGAGAGUGGCUGUUGGAUGCUGUACAACCGCAACAACUACAUGGGAAACCAGUACUUCAUGAGGAGGGGCGAGUACCCUGACUACAUGCAGCACCUUGGAAUGAGUGACUGCAUCAAGUCCUGCCGCAUGAUCGCCAUGCCCCACUUCAGAGGCAGGAUGAUGUACAUGAGGCCUGGAGAGUACAGCAACUUCAGCGUGGGCAUGGGAAUGGGAGCCAUGGGCGGCUUGAGUGGUAUGAGGUUCAUGAGCAUGAGGCGUAUCAUGGACUCCUGGUACUAA